AUGGGGUCCAGCGCCAAGCGCAAGAAGGAGAAGCAAAAGGACUUCCAAAAACCCAAACUCAGGGUUGGCAAGACCAAAGCCAAGCCGGACAACUUUACCGACACCAGCUUCCGAUCCAAGGCUGAAGAAAAUACAGCAAUUACUCUCAACCAACAAUCCCUCCAUGUCGCGGCGCCAUCAUCAACCAGCCAAUUCGCACACCACCUGUCGCUUCUCUCCGCCAAAUCCGACAGCCAGCGGCGCGAGUCGCUGGCACACCUUACCACAUCGAUCGCAUCGCGGCCUGUGAACUCACCCCUUCCGCAGCCGGUGGGCGUGAUGCUCCCAUCGCUACUCCCGCUGAUCCUAGACGCCAACAACACGGUGCGCACGCAGCUCCUCAAGUUGCUUCGCGCGCUGCCGGAGCCCGAGAUGGAGGACCAGGUGGCGCAGCUGCUACCAUACGUACGCGCGGGUAUGACACAUCUCGCGGCGGACAUCCGCAUGUCGGCGGUGGAGGUUCUGUCGUGGAUGGUGGAGACGGCCGGCGAGUCGGUGGUGACAUGUGCCGGUGGGUGGAUCAAGACGCUGAACUGCUUUUUGUCGGUGUUGGGUUGGCACACGGAGGAGUCAGCACGGUGGUCGUCGCACCGGGCUUCAUUUGGUAAGUCUGGCAGCCAGGGCAGGCCCAUGGUGAAGGUGCUGGCUGCGCUGGCGUUGUUUCUGGACGCGGGCGUUGGGCAGCCGGUCCUGUAUGAGUCCGAGAACCUCUCCGAUACGGAGGACGGUGCCGCGUCGUGGCCCUUCCCGCUCUGCCAGACCGCUCACCACAUGGUUACCGAGUCUGCGGCCCCCUAUGCCUACCUGAACCUCUUCGGGCAGCCUCGCGACGAGGAGGGCGAGAUGUACGAAACCCGCGAGGACCGGUACCGCGUAUUCGAGACGCGGUUUCUGCCAGCUGUCGAGCGCGGAUUGAAGAGUGCGCGAGAAGAAGGCGGCGAGUUGGGUCGCGCGUCUUCGGGGGUGACCAAGGUGCUGAAAGAAGCCAUCUCUUACGGACCGGGGCCGUGA